AUCAUAGUGGAGAAUGUGGGUGUUGUAUGUGUUAUCUCUGCCGCUGACGGUGGGGAUGGUGGGCUGGACCCUUUGGUACUUCGUCGGCCCCGAUGUCCCCUUUUAUGUCUGCGUCACCGUCGGCUACACCUGGUUCUGCUCCCUCUUUAUGAUCUUCCUUGUCCCCGCCGACAUCUGGGCUACAAUCAGCAACAAAGGAGGCAUCUCCUUCUUGUGGAGCUGGUCAUAUUGGAGUUCAUUUCUACUUACAUGGGUUGUGGCACCUGUAAUUCAGGGUUAUGAAGAUGCAGGGGACUUUACUCUCAGGGACAGAUUGAAGACCAGUGUCCAUGUAAAUCUAAUCUACUAUUUAUGCGUUGGUUCAAUUGCAUUGUUCGGACUUGUCCUGCUCAUCAUUAUGCACAAGGACUGGGGUGGCAAUAUUUUGGGCCUUGCUAUGGCUUGCGCAAAUACAUUUGGUCUAGUGACAGGAGCUUUCCUUUUGGGCUAUGGUUUGAGUGAAAUUCCGAAAGGUGUAUGGAGAAACGCAAAUUGGACAAAUCGUCAUAAAAUUCUGUCUCAUAAUGUGUAUAGAAUGGCGGUCAAACUUGAUGAUGCUCAUCAAGAAUUUUCAAAUGCAAUAGUAGUUGCCCAAGCGACAUCAAAGCAAAUGUCUAAGCAUGAUCCACUGAAACCAUACAUGAACAAAAUUGACAAAAUGUUGGUUAAGAUGCUUAAUGAAGAUCCUACUUUUAAACCACAAGGAGGGAAAUUAGGGGAAGAUGACAUGGAUUAUGACACUGAUAAAAAGAGCAUGGCGUCUCUUAGACGACAUCUGAGGAGAGCUAGAGAGAGGUAUUACCGUUAUAAAAGUGAGUAUACGAAUUUUGUUAGAGAGGCUUUAGAGCUAGAGGACACCAUGAAGAGUUAUGAGCAUUGUAGUUCUAAUGGAUGGAAAUACAUGUCAAGUUUUAGAUCUGAGCGUAAAGGCGAAUUCGGGUCGUUUCUUGAUAUCUCUGAACUGAUAUGGCGAUGCAUAUUGAAAAAACAACUUGAGAGACUUAUGUCUAUUAUAUUGGGUUGCAUGAGUUCUGCAAUUCUUAUUGCAGAGGCCACUAUUAUGUCGAAUGAUGUAGAUUUAUCUCUUUUCUCAAUUCUGAUAAACAAGGUUGGCAAGUAUGAGUUACUUGUGCAGGUUGUUGCUCUUAUUCCUCUAAUAUACAUGUGUAUCUGCACAUAUUUUUCUUUAAUCAAGAUAGGAAUGCUGACAUUUUAUGCCCUGACUCCAAGACAAACAAGUUCAGUUAGCUUGCUGAUGAUAUGCGCGAUGGUUGCUCGUUAUGCUCCUCCAAUUUCAUACAAUUUUCUCAACCUCAUCAGUCUUGAAAAUGGCGCCAAGACUACAUUUGAGAAGAAAAUGGGGAAUAUUGAUGAUGCAGUGCCAUUCUUUGGGAGAGGGUUCAAUAGAAUUUAUCCACUCAUUAUGGUUAUCUUCACCAUAUUGGUUGCAAUAAAUUUUUUUGAUCACGUUAUCAGAUACUUAAGAAAUUGGAAAAUAUUCAGUUAUCAACACGAAGCAUUUGAAGAUGUAGAUGGAUUUAAUCCACCGGGAUUAGUUAUUCUAAAGAAAGAACGAUCUUGGGUUGAACAAGGACAUAAACUAGGCGAACUUGUCGUUCCUUUGGCGAGAAGCUUCCACAAUGUCAACGUUGAUCUUGAGUCCGGAGGCAACAACAUGAUUCCACAAAUCAGAAAGCAAACAUCAAGAUUGAUCAAUGAGGAAGAGCAUGCUCAACAACUGAGAUCGGUGAUACAUAAAGAUGGUAGUCGCAGGGGCGAGGUGAGACCACAAGCUAGCAGAAAGGAUAGGGGAAGUGAUGAAGGCAGUGAUGCAAUGCACCAAGGGAAGAGAUCAUCUAGUGGAAUAACCUCGACAUGGGAAUCACUGAAGACAGGUUUCCACAAUUUCAAGUCCCGUGUUGAUGCUAACAAAUUUAUUCGACUAGGCCAAGCUCAUGAUACCGAUCACUUUCGUACUUCUUCUCCUGAGUCUCUCGAUGAGAUCUUCGAGAGAAUUAGUAGGCCCAGCGCGCGUCACACAAGCAUUGGCGACGACCACGAUCUUGAUGGUGAUGUUGUAAUGGCCAUCCACAGGCAAGGCCAUAGCAGGUAGAAGAUGAUUCAUGUAGCAUUCGACCUUAUGGAAAUGUAGUUUUUUCAUACUCCCUUCAUCCUUUAAACAUCUUCCUUUAUUUCCUCUUUUGUUUGUCCCCAAAACAUCUUCCUAAUCUAUUUUUGAAAAUAAUUCCACUAACUAUUACAUUCACAAUUUUCACAUAUCUACACACAUUGCCACUGAUCGACUCACCUCUUUUCAUUUUAAUUGGUCCACUAGUCACUAUCAUCACUUUUUCUAAUUUGAAGGACCCUUUCUUCACUCAUCAAAUACAAAACUAACUUUUAUUAAAACCCGCGCCGCCUCCCCUUAGGAAGAUGUUU